UCGCCUGCAACUGCCUCUAUGUGGGUUUACAGAUCGGUCAGCCAGCAGAAUGCCUUCUCCCUGUGUUUUGGCCUUUCUCACUGUCCUUAUUUCAUUAUCAGACUCUUCCAUGGAGCUGUAUGCCACCACAGAUGUGUGCCCCCUGGGGCAGUUCCCCUGUGGAAACCUGUUGGUUUGUCUGCCUCAGUCACGUCAGUGCAAUGGGGUAAAGGACUGUGAAAAUGGUGCAGAUGAGGAGAACUGUGUUGACAAUACUGGAUGGCCUCAUCUUUUUGAUGCAUUUGCAAAGCCAAACAUUCUGGAGUCAAAUGAAUGCUUGCUGGAUGUAGUUCCUGAAGUUUGUGAUUGUGAAGCCAGGAGAGUGAACUGCAAUGGCAGAAAUCUUCAGUAUAUACCUGUUGUAUCCUCCAAUGUCACUGCAUUUGAGCUAAAUGGCAAUCAGAUAACAUCUCUUCCACCGGACCAGCUCAUCCAAUACAAGAAUCUGGAAAAGUUGCAUUUGCAAAAUAACAGCAUCAGGACAAUAUCCACCCGAGCCUUUUCAGGACUUUACAAACUCAAGAAACUAUUCCUCAGUCAAAACAUGAUUACUACCCUUAAGGCAGCAGUUUUUAGGGAUCUCCAUAAUCUUCAAUGGUUAAUUCUAGAAGACAACCAUAUAUCAUCAAUAAGACAGAAGUCAUUCACAGGACUAAAAACAUUAUUUUUCUUGUCUCUUCUGAAUAAUUCACUUAACAACAUCCCGAAGAAAUCUUUCUGCCAGGAAAUGCCAAGGCUAAACUGGCUAGAAAUGGAAGGCAACAUGAUUUCGGAGUUACAGAGCUCCAGUUUUCAGGAGUGCAGUGCCCUGACAGUCCUAGCUCUUCGAAGAAAUCGAAUACACAUAAUUCAGGAGGGAACAUUCUCCACAAUGCAGAAGCUUAUUGAUCUGGAUUUAUCCAUGAAUAGAAUUCAAGAAUUACCUCCAUCUUUAUUUAAAAAUCUGAAAAACAUGAAGCAAUUAAACAUCUCGUACAAUCCUCUCUCUCACAUCCACAAAGACCAGUUUGACAGCUUAGUAAGUCUGCAGUCACUUGGUAUGGAGGGAAUAGAAAUCUCAAACAUUAGCAUCCGGAUGUUCCAAUCCCUUGUCAACCUUUCUCACAUAUACUUUAAGAAGUUUGAAUACUGUGGCUAUUCCCUCAAUGUGCGGAGCUGUAAGCCCAAUACAGAUGGCAUAUCAUCCUUUGAAAAUCUGCUGGCUAACAUAAUCCUGCGAGUCUUUGUGUGGGUGGUAGCAUUCGCCAUCUGCUUUGGCAAUGUCUUUGUUAUUUGCCUGCGAUCCUGCACUGCAUCAGACAACCACCAUCACACUAUGUCUAUUAAGUCACUGUGCUGUGCAGAUUGCCUGAUGGGAGUUUACCUGUUCUUCAUUGGUGCUUUUGAUAUCAAAUACUGUGGGGAAUACAACAGGAAUGCCCAGCUGUGGAUGGAGAGCCUGCAGUGUCAGCUGAUCGGCUCUCUGGCUAUGCUUUCCACUGAGGUUUCCAUCAUGCUGCUCACUUACAUGACCCUGGAAAAGUAUAUCUGUAUUGUGUUCCCCUUCCACAACUACCGGGCUGGCCGGAAGCAGACCCUCUCCACCCUCAUCGGUAUUUGGAUCCUGGGGUUCAUGAUAGCCAUCAUCCCCUUUUGGGAUAAACAGACAUUUGGGAACUACUAUGGCAGGAAUGGAGUGUGCUUCCCUCUUCAUUCAGAUAUAAUGGAGAAGCCAGGAGCCAGGAGCUAUUCAACUGGAAUAUUCUUGGGCCUGAAUCUAUUUGCUUUUAUUAUCAUUGUAUUUUCAUACAUCAGCAUGUUUUAUUCUGUACGGAGAACUGGAUCCAAAACAGCCCGGCAUACUGUAUUUGAUGAGGAGGUGACAAUAGCAAAGAGAUUCUUCUUCAUUGUGUUCACUGAUGCUUUGUGCUGGAUCCCUAUUUUUCUCCUAAAAAUUCUUUCUUUGCUAAAAGUGGAAAUUACAGGCACUGUAAUCUUGUGGGUUGUGAUCUUCAUCCUCCCCAUAAACAGUGCUCUCAACCCCAUCCUCUACACCAUCACCACCACUUCCUUCCAGGAGAGGCUCAAGCUUUGCUUACAAGUGAAGUGGCAGCAACUGGGGCCGAAGGAGACACCCCACACCAUAUCCAUGACCUACAUACAUAGCAGCACCUUCUGACAGAAGACUAUGAUAUGUGAGCAUGCCAAAGUGAUGUGGAUGGGAAGACAUGGCAAGAAUUUGCAAACAGCUGCUGAUAAAAUCAGGCUUGAUAGUGGCAUACAUACUGAAUUACUUUUCAUAGGAUGGAACAGCUCAAAAAUAUUCAAAACAGUUAUUAACUGCAUUACACAGCUUUCCACCCUGUUGCAAUUUGUGGUUCAAGCCUCUAUGUGCCUGCAGUGCUA